AUGACUUCAUUAACAUUAAAAGAAUGUUCGAUAUGUGAAAAUAAAUUAAAUGAAACAGACGAUUUGGUGAUCACGGAUUGUAAUCAUAUAUUUCAUCGUAAUUGUGCUCAAGAACGUCUUAAUAUGAAAAAGAAAUCUGAUUGUCAUUUUUGUCAUCAAGAGUCGGCACUUGGUAAUGCACUAUCUCGAUUGCAAAUUAACAAGGAAGGUGAAUGUUCAAUAUGUGAAAGUUUAUGGAAUUCAGCAGAUGAUCUCGUCACUACGGAUUGUCAUCAUACAUUUCAUUAUAUUUGUGCUCAAGAUCGUCUUAAUAAACGAGGUAGAACUGAUUGUCAUGUUUGUCAUAAAGAUUCGGCUCUUGGAAAUGCACUCUAUCUAAAGGAUUUGACAAGAAAAAAAGAAUGUUCAAUAUGUGAAAAUUCAUGGAACAAAAAUGAUGAUAUUGUAACUACAAGUUGUAAUCAUACAUUCCAUCGGAGUUGUGCUCAAGAUCGUCUUAAUAAACGUGGUAGAACUGAUUGUCAUUUUUGUCAUCGAGAAUCAGCUCUUGGAAAUAUACUAUCUCGAAACACAACAACAGCAACUAUUAAAAAUCCUCGUGAACAAAAUGUGAAUUCAAUAAAAUCAGACAAAACUGUAAGUAAUUUUCUUCAAUUACACUAA